AUGAAGACCAAGCCACUAUCACAUGACCCAGGCUCCAAACGUUACGCAUACCGUGUCAACAAAGAGGAAAACAGAAAGGAGCUAAAGCAUGUUAAGAUCGAUGAAGCCUCACUCUCCACCAAAGAUGACAAGGCCCACAAAGAUAUCAUUGAACUACCCAAAAAGAGAUUUUACCGUCAAAGAGCUCAUUCCAACCCAUUCUCAGACCAUCAAUUAGAGUACCCCGCUUCGCCUGCAGAAAUGGAUUGGGCUAAAUUAUAUCCACAUCUCCAGGAUGAGGCGACGGGGGAGAUGACUAAAAAGGUCACAAUUGCUGACAUUGGUUGUGGGUUCGGUGGUCUUCUUGUAGACCUAUCACCAGCAUUUCCUGAAAAUUUAAUAUUAGGUAUGGAAAUUAGAGUUCAAGUGACCAAUUACGUGGAGGAUAGAAUCAUUGCUCUAAGAGCUCAAAACAAAGAUAAUCUAAAAUACAGAAAUAUUAAUGUCUUGAGGGGUAAUGCAAUGAAAUUCCUACCAAAUUUUUUUGAAAAAUCACAAUUGGAGAAAAUGUUCUUCUGUUUCCCUGAUCCUCACUUCAAACAAAGGAAGCACAAGGCGAGAAUUAUUACCAAUACUCUUUUGAGUGAAUAUGCCUAUGUUUUGAAGGAAGGAGGUGUCAUUUACACUAUCACCGAUGUGGAAGAUUUACAUCUUUGGAUGGUAAAGCAUUUAGAAGAACAUCCUUUAUUUGAAAGAUUAAGUGAGGAAUGGGAAAAUAAUGAUACAUGUGUCCAGAUAAUGAGAAAUGCUACAGAAGAAGGGAAAAAAGUGGAAAGAAAGAAAGGUGAUAAGUUUGUGGCUUGUUUUAAGAGAUUACCAAACCCAACUAUCAUUUAA